AUGGCUCAUCAUCAGAACCUGAAUCAGGCUGGAGAGAUCCCUUUGGAAGCUGCCCAAGAGGGAAAUGAAAACAACAAGUAUCAUGGCCUUACUGCUGAAGAUCCAUAUGAUCACUUGGACAAGUUUGACAGAUAUUGUAGUUUGUCCAAGAUAAAUGGUGUUUCUGAAGAUGCCUUCAAGCUCAAGUUGUUCCCUUUUUCUUUGGGAGAUAAAGCACACCAAUGGGAGAAGACUCUUCCAAGUGAUUCCAUCACUACCUGGGAUGAUUGCAAGAGAGCAUUCUUAGAGAACUUCUUCUCUGCCUACAGGACAGCCAAGAUAAGGAAUGAAAUCUCUACCUUCCAGCAGAAGAACCUUGAGAGCUUUAGUGAAGCAUGGGAGAGGUUUAAGGGCUAUUGGUCUCAGUGUCCACACCAUGGAUUCACAAAGGAAAGCUUGCUGAGCACAUUCUACAGGGGUGCUCUACCUGAGUAUAGAGCCAGAUUAGACACAUCAAGCAAUGGAUUCUUCCUAGGCAGAACUGAAGAGGAUGCAGAGGAGCUGGUUGAGAACAUGGUGAAGAGUGACUCAGUCUACAGUGGGGAGCACGACCGGGCCAACAGAAGUGAUGAUCAGCACACAAGGAAGGAGAUUAAGUCUCUCCAAGAUAAGCUAGACAUGCUUAUCAAAGAGAAGGCUAAGCAAGGGCAGUUGAACUCUGUUGGGGACCAGAAACAAAAGCAGCAUGCAGGGAUCAAGGAGGUUGAUGGAUUAGAAAGCCAAGAGGAGCUGUGCUUCAUCAAUUCUAAUGGCACCUGGUAUAGGAAAGAGCCAAACUUUCAAUACCAAAACAACUACCAGCAAAGACCUCACUACAACAAUCAGCAAGGAGGAUACCAGGCCACGCAAAGCUACCCUCCUAGUUUCAGCAACCAAAGUAAUCAGUCUACUCAAGCUCAAGGAAGUUCUUCUCAAGCUCCAGCUUCAGAUUCAAGUGUGGAUUCUAUGUUCAAGAAACUCUUGGAAUUUCAAGCCAGAAAUGAGAAGACAAUGGUUUAUGAGUUCAAGAACAUCCACACAAAGAUUGAUGGGAACUACUCUGACCUCAACAACAAGUUCUUACAACUUGCAUCUCGCUUCAACACUUUGGAGAGUCAGGUCGCCUCUAUGCCAUCAUCUUCCAAGAGCUCAAUGGGAUCUCUACUAGGGAAACCAGAAAAGAAUCCCAAGGAGUCUUGCAAUGUAGAUGAGAUUGAGAAGCUAGUGUUUGGGAAAGUUGAAAAAUUGGUUGUAGCAACCGCUGAAGCACAGAUGGUGGAUAAAGUUAUGGAAAGGGUUCAGGUACAAGCUGAAAGGAAGGUUAAAGCAACGAAUUUGCAGAGAGCUGAGCCUAAGGCUGAGAAACCGGUAGAAAGGAGAGCUGACCACAAACUGAAAGAGACCAAGCUGGAAGAAGCUCCUGAGGUUGAGCUACCACCAUAUGAGGUCCCACUCCCAUUUCCACAAAGGGUCCUCACCAAAGCUCAGAAGAAGGUUAUCUCCAAGUUCAGAAAAGAUCUUAGUGAUGUUGGGGUCAGGCUCCCAGAAAUCUCUGGUAUGCGUGAAGCUCAUGUCCAAAUGAUGCUCAUCAAGGACAUUCUACACCACCAAGCAGAAGUGGCUGAGCUUUUGGACAUCUCCAUUUUGAAGAUUGAUCCACCAGUCCCUCCACAGUCCCUCCCUAAGCUAGAGUCUCAAGGGAAGUUCACAUUGUCUUGCUCCCUUGGUAAGAUCACUAUGAAUGAUGCUUUGGUUGAUUCUGGUGCAAGUAUGAAUGUGAUCUCAAUGGAAAUGGUGAAAAGUCUUGGUAUUGAGAGCAUGGAGCCAAACACAUCUUCUCUCAUGUUUGGGGAUUCAUCUUCUACAACCCCCAUUGGCCUCAUCAAGGAUUUCCCUUUGAAGAUUGGAGCAUGCACAAUUCCUAUAGACCUUACUGUUCUGAAGAUGGCAAUUGAGAAGAGAGUUCCUUUGAUCCUUGGCACUCCAUUUCUCACAACAGUUGGAGCUUGCAUUGACUUCCUAAACAAGAAGGUCACACUCCUCAAUGUGAACAAAGCUGUCUCCUACCCAAUUCAGUCUUCAAUGGAUGUUGGGUAUUGUGGAACAAUCACUUGUGAAGAACCAUCCAUUGAGAAUACCCAAGCUGAAGUUGUUGUUUGUAAGGAAGAAGGUCUUAUUGGAGAGUCUUCUCGAGAGCUAUGUGUUGAGCACUUGGAAAGUGCUAAAAAGGAGGAGGUGAGUAGAGCCACAAAGGCUGCUCAUGACAUGAAGAAGAUAGUGAAAGAAACUCAUUCUCCACCUCUUGAUAAGACUCCUCACACUCUCACUCUCCACCCAAUGAAGCUCAAGAAUGGAGCCAUUGAGUACAAGAUCAAGUGCAAAGGCAGGUCCAAGCCAUUCUCAAGUGCAAGGGCCAUCAUCACUCCUCAGCUUCAAAACGACCCCAUCAAGCUUCAAGAGCUCCUCUCUCAGAAGUUUCAGGCCAGCUCAAAGCUCAAGCUCUAG